UCAUGCAGGCGGGCGCACCUACGGACGUGCUUGGAAACGCUGAAGGAGAUGGUACCGCUGGGGCCUGACGGUUCAAGACACACCACGCUGGGUCUCCUCACCCGCGCCAAGCACUUCAUUAAGAACUUGGAGGACAAGGAGAGGAAGCAGACGGCUCACAAGGAUCACUUGGCCCGGGAACAGAGGUACCUGCGGCGGCGGCUCGAGUCCCUGGGGCCGGAGCUCCUGCCACACUUCGACGUGGAGAAAAUGGGCAAGCGACGCUCAGUCUCUGAGAGUUCCUCCUUCUCCUCCUCAUCCGCAUCUUCCUCCUCCUCCUCUUCCUCUACCUCAGAAUCAGAUGAGGUAGACAUCCUGGGUUAUGCGAGCAACCAGAGUGACACGGACGACCACUCCUCCAUCCAGUCGUCUGCCAGUGACGGAGGGGUCACUAUCUCCACCCGCCGCCUCACCAUUACUGAGCCGCCUUCCGAUGCACUUUAGGUGGUGGCAAGUGUGUAGGAGCCAGGAAUUGUGGUGGUACCAGGCGAUGUUGGAUCUGAGCCGAGCAAGUUUUUAAUAACAUGGAAUGAGGAGUUGCAGGCAGGCUAAUACCACCAAAAGCAAAAUCAUAUUCAGCAAAUUUAAUGUCCACUUUGAGGAAUCUGUGUUGACAAAGGAGACCUAGCAACACCCUCAGUCCUCGGUUUAGUGAGAGGAGCUUUUCAAUAUUCAUCAAAAAACUAAUUCGCUUCCUCUUCUCCAUUCUCCAUGAUAUCUAAGGAACCUUGCAGGCUGAUUUUAAACAAGAUUAUGGAGCAACAAACCAACACCCACCAUGAUGUUUUAGAUUUUUAUUUUUUUGUCAUUUAUGCCAAAAAGAGAAUGAUACAAAGCACAUUGUUAUCAUAGAAGAUGUGAACUUAAGAAGGUUUUAUAAAUUAUAUGUGAACGACAGGAGAAGUGUUCGAGCAGUGAUGAGUGAUUGAUGUGCAGAUAUAUUAAAAUAUUUUUCUUUUUUAUGAGACAGAUAUGUAAUUGCUCUUGUCACAUGUAAGAUCAUUUCUCAUUUUCCAAAAUCCUAGCCCCUUCUUCCAUCCAGCCUAACACAAAAAACUGUCUACUUCUACACUUGUGUAUAAGUAAGUGUUUUGUGUUGGAAUAACAUAAUGGAAACAAUCCGUUCUAGUCACACAAAAGAUUCCCGGAGAUGGAUAUUGCUGCAUUAUAACAGAUUGAAAUUGUAAUGCUUGAAUAGUUGUUCAUUUUAGUUGCUUCGAUCCAAACUAUGGAACAAACAGCAAGAGUAAUAUAGUUUAUAUUUUUUGAUAAGGCAAGUACAUAAAAUGAUAUCAAGGUUGGUAGUUGAAACGAGGCCAUUGACUUGUAAUAACAAUACUGUUGAGAAUAAGGAAGGUAUGGGACUGGCAACACCUACCCUCCUGCUGUCUCCUGGUGACCCAUAAUUGACAAAUUGUAACUCCAUUUUAAUAAUCAGUUGCCUAGGGAAUUGUCAUUAACUUCAUUUGGCAAUUUGGAAAAUUAAUGGUAUUUAUCAUUUUGAAGAGGUACACUUGGACUCAAACAGUUAGUCAAAAAUGGCAAACCAGUGAGUUAUCCAUCUUAGCUACCCCAAUCCACUGUGGAAUGUGUCAACGGAUCUCCACUCAAAAGACUGUGCCCAGGAGUCCCUCUUACUAUACUUAAUUUCCUCAUUUAAUUGCAUUAAAGUUUACUUCCCUCUAAGAUUCUCUUGUUAUACAGUACUUCCAUUUCCUUUAAAAAAAAAAUCCAUCACAAAUUUCCUCUAGCACACUUUAUUGUGCUCAUCCUCAACCUGAUUCCUUCAUUUUAUGUCAUCAGUGCAGCCUCAUGUUGGUAAAAGUCCAAGGCUGAAGAUGCUGUUUGCUUCGGGUUACCUUUUUGUAUUUUCUCUGCCAUUCUAGCAUUCCAACCCUAAAACUUGAGAAACUUUCACAACAGAAGGUUGGAGAAGAGUUGGUGCUAUAAAAUGGAAUUUUAAGAAUGUGGAUUUGUUCUACUGCCAGAAAAACUUUGAAGUGCGAGAUUUAGAUUGAAGCAUGUGCAACUAGAGAUACCAUACUUAACUGAAGAAGUGGAAUCUGUGAUAGACCUUUGAAAAAUACUGUAAGUGCAUAGUUAUAACUUUUUUAUACAAGAACUUUGAAUGCAAUAAUUACUGCCAGCUCUUUGACUGCCAUCCCAUGGAAUGCAAGAAAAGUUCCAACCACAUCACUGGGCAAGAAUAUAUUUAACUCCACCUCUGUCGAUGAGUCUAGCCUGGCUACUUUUACCAUGCAGUUUGAUAUUCCAUAAAUAAGUUGGUUUUGCAUUAUCAACAAGGCUCUGCUGAUGGGACACCUGGGCUGUCUCAACUGUACAGUGUAAAUACUGACUAGUACAACGUGUAGAGUCUGGACACAGGGUACCAGCCUUUUCCACUGGACUCCUGGUAGCUUUAAUUUCUGCUGAUUCCAUAGGAGUUUUCUUUUUUCUCUCUCAUUGUCCUUUGUAGAUUUAUUUAUUUUAAUUAUUGUAUCUAAUGGCCUUGGCUCCAAAUGCCUCAGUUAAUUCCAUUUACAAUUGUAUUAUUUCACUUCAGAUUGUCUACUAAAAUAAAAUUCUUUAAAAUGAUUAGCUGAUAGUACUUUUUAGUUUAUAGAUUUUAUUGUAGGUAAAUUACGUACAUCCUCAUUUAAGCACUAACUCAAUGUGGAAACAGAGAGACCUUGUUCUUACAGACUUGAAUCCCAUUUGCAGACACACGCACAGACCUCGGUGCACUCGUCCAUUUAUACGAGCCACUAUGUGCAUGUAUGGCAGUUGACCACGUGCUCAUCGAUCAAAAUGUACACGAGGUGCUGCUUGUAAAUGUUGUGGCCGCAAGCCGUCCCAAGGGGUGUUGGGUGGUGCCAUGAUAAGUUCUUAAGAGCUGAUAAUAUUAGUUAGCAUGUGGUUUUGUUUCAAUCAGUAAAUAAAUUAAGGUUUAAUUUACAACUUACCUAAGGCCUGCACUUGUUUUAAACACUUGUUAGUGACUAAUAGUAACUUUUAUCAGUGCUCCUUUAGCUUCUGAAUGUUAUGGUUAGCUGUGAACAUCUACUUAAUGUGUUGGGAUAAACAAUUACAAGCCUUAAAGCUAUUUCUAUCAUGCUAAUUUUCUUAUAAAAUAAUUGUAAAUUAUGCCAAAUUAUAUUCUUUUAAAAAGAGAACCAUCUUCUGUGAAGAAAUCUUGCACCACCCAAAAUCACCAGCAUUGAAGAGUUCUGGCUUGUCUUUCCACAGACCAUCCUCUGAUAAGCUUAAAUGUGCAAUAACUGUUAUUGAUAAGCUGAACAUUGUUAGACAAACCUGCAAUGGAGUACCACUGGCAAAGCAACAGUAUCCUGUGCACCCUCAGGAAUUUUCUUCAAUGGAUUGCAAUCUGCGCCACAUUUCUAGAUACUUUAUCUGUGAACUAUAGCUUGGGUAUAACUAAGCUGUGAGAAUAAUGUACUGUACUUCUCUACAUCAUCGUUGUUGUUGUCAUUUUUACAAAGUGAGGCUUCUAUAAGAUGAAUAAUAAUGACAAAACUUCUCCUUGUCAUGCAUCUGCCAUGAUUUGGUUUUAAAUCAAGAAAGAUAUUUCCAUAGUGAUGAAUAUAUUAUAAGUUAUGUGUGGGUAAACUGUUAGCAUAAGUCAUCAUCACGACCCAUUACCCACAGGGCCUUCAAUGUUACUGUAGUCAGUCGCUACCAACCAGCUGUAAACUAGUGCUGCCAGUUUGCAGGUUACAUAGUAAUUGAUAAAUGAAAGCAGUGUAGGAAAUUCAAAUUAUACAAAUAUUAUUGGUUAGUAACUCUGUGACUAUGAAAUCCUAUAGCUCAGAAGCAUGUAAGAGCAGUGCACCUGUAAACCUGGCAUCACUUGUACCUUAGACUCUGCUGUCCAGGAAAGUUGCCUCAGUGCACAAAAUCUUCCUUACCUCACCCAUCUUAACAUUUCUACCCACAUGUUUUAUGCCAGCUUGAGGUUCAUCCAAUUCAGUUUAAAGACUGAAACUUUGUAAUUGCAGGUAUUAACUUUUAAAAUGUAAGUGACUGUGAGUACUGUAUGUCACACUUAUGUCUACUCACAGAUACACACCAUGCAUUUAUUUAGCUACUAUCUACAAUUCUACAAACAAUCCUAAUUAAAGUAGGCUUGACAAGGUUGUACCUAAAUAUGGAAUGAAGCUUACCAAAUUGGUAGUGUGUAGGAUUUUGGUGGGGGGAGAGCAGAGUCCCUUGCGACACUGAGGUUCUUCCCUCUUAAUAUUUUAGUUUGAUCUCGUGAGAUGCCUGGACAAAAUGCACACCAGUAUAGCAAGUAAUCUGUAUGUGAGGUGCUCAUUGCUAUGCCAAGAGAUGCAUUCACAGCAGUGCUGAUCCCAGACUCAAGCCAGCAAAGAAUGUAUAAUGUAUUGGGACUGCUGUGGUGUGUAUUAUGUCAUUGGUGCCCAUCCGAGCACACUGACAAGUGCAGCCGGGGCCAUUGUGCCCAAGAGGCCCACCACCUGUCAUCACCACUCUGAAUUGCUACCUGCAAUAUUACAAUACAGUAUGUAAAUCCUGACCAAGUCAGGAUAUGAGAGAUCUUAUCAAAAGGGAAUCAGUAAGCAAUUUACCAGAUUUUUUUUCUCUGAAGAAUAGGCAAUCUAAAUAUGGUGAUGGCAGUGGGAGGGUGGUGAUGUGUGUACACCUUUAUCCUCAAUGGAACACUGGGGUGGGUGCUCACAAAAAAAUGUACAAAAAGAAAAAAAUUUGUUCAUAUUGUGUCAAUGUGUCUUGCCCUUUCCAUAAUUCUUCACAAGCCAUGUAGGAGUUGGGAAAAAUUGAACUGGCAUUGUGUGUCUUACUAAAAGGCUCACUAUUAGAAAAUGCCCAAAUGGAAGAUACUUUAAUCUUGCUAUCUUCAUCCCAUUUCCUAUUAUGGCUGUAGGUAGAAGUGCCCAAUCCUCGUUCUUUUAACUGUAUUUGAUUUUAUCCUAUGUGUUGGAUUGUCUGAUGUGCUUCAGUCAUCCAUAGAAACACUCACUGAAAAACUCAUCUGUGUCUUAACAUUUCAUUCACCCUUGCCUCAAACUUGUCUAAGAUCUCUGCAUCAAACUUAGAAAAUACUACAAAAACAAUCCAUUAACAACUAAUCCUUUGUGCUUGUGACAUACACUACUUAACUAAAGUUGGAGGCUGGUGUAGGUCCAUUGAGCAAGUGGUGUAUUCUAGUAGGAUGGGCCAUGCUCCCGUGUCCAAAACCUGCUGUUUCCAUUGGAAACAGGCCCAAGUACUGCUCGAGAAUUUACGGCACAUUCACAUGAUAAAAAUUUCUAAUUGGAUAAACAAAUAAUAAGUCAAAAAGAUAAGAUAAUUUUAACCAAAAUAUAAAUUGUUUUGCAAGAAUCUUUUUACAACCAGAUUACAUUUGUCUCGUAUAUGAUCUUGGCCUAAUGUGUAAAUAAGUUUUAAACAAUGAAUGUGUUUGUGUUGAUUUAUGUAAAAGGAGAGCUUAAGCAUGGCAAGCUGUUUUGGAACAGACUUGCCCUGUGUGUGAGGGAUCGGCUGGAAGGUGUUAACGGGAGACUUCCUGACUGGAGUGUUGGGUAAAGGUAUUUGGAAAUUUUUUGGACAUAAAGAUCUGAAAAGCAGGGCCCUUUUGCUUUUGAUCUUGAAAUGAACAGAGUUGGUACUGUUCAUAUGUUUAACAGUAUAACUUAAUACUCUUUGGUCUACAAUUUCCUUUAUGCCAUCUCUAUGACGAAUUCACCUCAGCGUUACAGAGGCGAGGCUGCAAGGCUGCCCAGUGGCCUCAGGCUGCCAUGUAGUCUGUUUGUUGUCCACACCCUAAAAAGCCGUCCUUGGCGCCUUUUGCUGACUGCCAACAAUCUUGAAAGUUAUUGCUACUCAGGGGGAUUCAAAGUUUGCAGAAGUUGUAUUAUUCAACUCUUGCAAUAAUCCCCAGUCCAUUUAGUAAAAGCAGUGUCUUGAACUAAUGGUUGGGUGUUCUCAUGACCAUAUACAACGAACCCCUCCAAAUGAUGGCUUGUGUAGUCAUAUUAAUAAUUCAUCUUGUGAUCUGGCAGCCUUCCAGCCUAUACAAAUAAGAUCCCUCCACAUGACUGAUUAUUACUAGAUACUGUAAUAUUCUUGUUCUCCAAUCACUUCCGACCAAUCAAAACUCGACAGUCCUGGGUUCUCAGACACAAUAAUGGAAUCAGAAUCAGUCACUGGCUCCCUUCCCUCUUCUGCCAAUAGAUCAGCCCCUCCUCAAGUCGAACCCGCUAUGUGUCGCAAAUACCAUUAAUGUAAAUAUUUCUGGUAACUGUUGUUUCUGUUCUACAUGAUUUUCUUGAAUCUAAAAUAAAAAUAAUUUGUGUAA